GUGGGACAGCUUGUUAGCGGAUAAGCGACAGAAAUCAUGACUGAGGAGGCAUUUCAGAAGGCAGCGGAGGAAGUGAAGCAGCUGAAGGCAAAACCAGCUGAUGCCGAGAUGCUGGAGAUCUACAGUCUGUUCAAACAGGCUACAGUAGGAGACGUCAACACUGCUCGACCCGGCAUGUUAGACUUCACUGGUAAAGCCAAGUGGGAUGCCUGGGACGCAAAGAAAGGUAUGACUAAGGAGGAUGCAAUGAAGGCUUAUAUCAGCAAGGUGGAAGAGCUGAAAGGAAAAUAUGGAAUCUAAAGUGUGAAGGUGUGACUGACCAGUGUCCCCUUCUGGCAAGUCUGUCAAUACCUCCGGUCCUGUGUAAAGCCUUAAACCUCCUGGUGUGUGUGUGAUGCAUCUCAUUCACAAGAUGUUCUGUUAGAACAAAAUAUUGCACAAAGCCCCGUUGGACUUACAGAAACUAUUCAACAGCAGCUGUGUAAUGAAACCCUCUCCAGCCUUUAUAAAAAUGUCACUAAUGCCAUAAAGUCAUUCACAUUUCAGAA